AUGAAGUCAUGGAUGUCCGGCCUCGUCAUGGGCCUGUGCCUAUGGACGGCCCAUGCCAUGGAAGUCAAGAUAGAUCAGACAGAUGAGAAUCGACAACGAUGCGCCGGAAUGUACAGCCGCAAGGCCUGGGGAGGACCGGUCGACCCCUAUAUCAACAUAUUGUUCCCCGCUGUUCAGACCGACAAGGACGCUGUCGUGAGCGUCGUCGUUUUCGAGUGGAAGGACGAAGAACUCAUUGGAAUUCGUGAGAACCCCGAGUCGCUUAAAAAAAUCGGCAUUUGCGAAGACAAGUGGGUAAAGAAGGGAUACUGCAACGAAACCGAUAUAGGAGAGUUCAUUUUGGCUGAAGGCGCCACCGAAAAGUCCAAGAGCCUGAUCCAGACUUACGCUGUCAACCUCAAGGAUCCCGGCAAACCUACAAAGUACAUGAUCUCUCAGACAGGCUACUACUGCGUCUUGACCGAUCGCUUUACCGCGCAGAACUACGAGGCCGUUGUCGAGUUCCGCAACGCUUAUGGCGAGCUUCCAGCGACCCAGAUACCUAAGCUGCCUUUCUACGGAGGUGUUACUAUCCUCUACGCCCUAGUUGCGGUGUUCUGGGGUUUCCUUUACUACCAACACCGACAUGAUAUCCACUAUCUCAAUCGCAACGGCUCAAACAUCGGUUCCAAGGUUCUUCUCGUAUUGGUGGCCAUACUGAAUGCCUUCCGAAACUCGUUUUCCUUCUUCCUACUCCUCAUCGUCUGUAUGGGCUACGGCGUGGUCAAGCACACGCUUGGCCGGACCAUGAUCUGGGUGCGCUGGCUAGCCAUCGCGCACUUUGUCUUUGGCCUCGUUUAUGCAGUCACCAGCCUGCUUGUCACUCCGGACGAAGCUGGCAUCUUCGUUCUGUUGAUUGUCCUUCCCCUGGCGAGCACGCUCACUGCGUUUUACGUGUGGACCUUGAACUCUCUGAACUUUACGCUUAAGGAUCUCAGGGAGCGCAAGCAGCAUACUAAAGAAGCCAUGUAUAAGAAGCUCUGGUGGUGCAUUCUCAUCAGCAUCUUUGUUAUCUUUGGCUUCUUCUUCUUCAACAGUUUCUCAUUCGCCUCGGUCAAUGAUCCGGACUAUGUGCCUUUCCACUGGAAGUCUCGUUGGUUCAUUCUCGACGGCUGGCUUAACUUGGUCUACUUUGCCGACGUUGCGUGGAUAGCAUACGUCUGGCGGCCUACUGCCAACAACCGCCGCUUCGCCAUGAGUGACGAGAUUGCUCAGGACGACGACGGCACUUUCACCAUGGCGGAUAUUGGAGCGCCCGAUGACUCGGACGACGAGGAGGCUCAGCUUGGCAAGGACACCAACGCGCGGCAGACACUGCAGGAGCAGCUGUACACCCAGCCUGGCUCAACAACGCGCGCUGGUCAAGCGGGCGCAUCCGCCGGUGCCUCUACAGUGCCAACACAAAGGAACCUGCCUAGAGAGUCACUUGACGGUGAGACCAUCUUCGCCGUUGGUGAGGAUGGUGACAGAUUCUCGGAUGACUCGGACGAAGAGAAUGCGAAGCUGGUUCAUUCUGGAAAAUAA